AUGUACGUCCUGGAUUCCCACCAGCGCUUAGUACCGCCAGGCAUGAUCGGGACCAUGUACAUCGCUUCGGAGGUGCUGGCGCGUGGCUACACGGAGGAGCGUCUGAACGAAGCAUUCUAUCCGGCGUCCAAGAUCUCUAAGGCAUGGGGCUUGACGCCCUCCCCGGAGGAUAGGCGGCGCUUCUUCCGCAGCAGCGACCAGGCUCGCUGGCUCUGCGCGACAGGACAGCUGGAGUAUAUGGGACGCAAUGAUACGGAGGUCAACAUCCGGGGGCAGCGUGUCGAUCUGGCCGGCGUCGAUCAUGCACUUCGCAAGAGCAUCGAGAUACUCGACGCCGUCACCGUCAUUCAGCAUGAUCCUCAAGGCGCUGCUCUCCUUGUCUCUUUCGUCGUACCGAAGUUCGACGCGAAGGUCAAUAAAGCCGGAGACCUUGCCGGCGCAGAGCAAUCUCCCACCGACGUCUGGGCAGAUGUUGGCGACUCCAUCGAGUUCGAGAGGAAGUUGAAAGACGCCGUGUCCGCGAUACUGCCCUCCUUCAUGAUCCCGUCCUUCAUCGUUCCCCUGUCGCAGUUCCCGCAAACCAUCACCGGCAAGAUCGAUCGCAAGGCGCUCACCUCGUGGACGCACCUCGUCGACUAUGCGCGCGACGCAGACGGCAGUACGACGGUCGGGGGCGAUGAAAGCACAUCUGCGGUGGAGGAGAUCAUGAUCGAGAUCUUCAAGGAAGUGCUGCAGCGCAAGCAAGUGCGCGCGGACAACAGCUUCUUCCACCUUGGCGGACAUAGCUUGCUCGCGACGCAGGUAAUCUCGCGGAUACGCAAAGCGCUCGGCGUCGACGACCGGCUAACUGUUCGAGCGCUCUUUGAUGCCCCGACAGCCGGCGCUCUUGCUCAACUCGUCGAGUCUCUGCAAGACCAAGACUGCAAGGAGUCGAAUGUGACCCCGGCCAUCGCCAUCAGUUACCAGCCUAUCGAACGCCUCAGAGCGCAAGACUCAUACACACUCUCCUACGCCCAAGAGCGUCUGUACUUCUUGGACCUUCUGCACCCCGGACAGACUGGCUACAUCAUUCCGCACGUUCUACGUAUCGGCGGCACCUUGGACAUACAAGCUCUUCGCGCAGCCUUCCAUCGUCUACGCCAGCGACAUGAGAUGCUGAGGGUGACAUACGAGGAUAAUCACGGCGUUAUCGUCCAGCGCAUCCAUGCUUGCGACGAACAGGAAUUACUCGUUGUUGACCUUACCCUCGACGCGAAGCCGGACGAUACCUUACGGAAGAUGCUACAAGCCGACAAUGACGCAUCACUCGACCUUCACAAAGACCUCCCCCUUCGGUUCAAACUCUAUCGACUCGGGCCGGAUACGCAUGUCCUAUGGAUGGCUCUGCAUCAUCUUUCGACGGACGCAUGGUCGGACAGGGUCAUACAGCGCGAGCUUGGGCAGCUGUACGCCGCGUAUCAUACAGGCCUUCCUGCGAACCUUCCGGACCUCCCCAUCACGUAUAUGGACUAUGCCGCCUGGCAGCGUCAACCCGAUCAGAGCGUUCGGCAGGAAGAGCAGCUGAAGUACUGGGUCGAUACACUGCAAGGAAGCGUUCCCGCCGAGUUCCCGACCGACUUUGUGCGGCCUUCCGCUUUGUCCGCCCGCGCGGGGCUUGAGCGCAUCGACAUUCUCGGCGAGGACGCAACAGCGCUCGAGCGGUUCGCGGCCUCUAUGAACUCCACGCCGUUCAUUGUCUUGCUGUCCGCCCUGCGCACACUUCACUAUCGCUUGACGGGCGUCGAGGACGCGACCUUGGGCAAUCCAAUCGCCAAUCGCAACCGGAUGGAACUGGAGGGCGUCGUAGGGUUCUUCGUCAAUACACAGUCCAUGCGCAUACCACUGGAGGGAAAGAUGUCGUUCCGUCAGCUUUGCGAGAAUGUCCGGACGACUGCGGCGGCAGCCUACGAGGCACAGGAUAUCGCGUUCGAGCGCGUCGUACAUGAGCUGCAGCCCGCUCGUGACCUGUCGCGCAAUCCCAUUGUGCAAGUCAUGAUCGCGGUGCACCCAGAGGAAGACUCGCAUCUCGGAGACGACGAAGGGAGCGCGCUCGAAGUGCAGCAGGUCAACGUCGAGCCGGUCACUAGGUUCGAUCUGGAGUUUCACUUCGUCAAGAUGCGGAACGGCGAAGGAUACGAUGGGCGUCUUCUGUAUAGUCGCGACCUUUACACUCCUGCAUCGGCGGCGCGCCUAUCCGAGCAGUUCAAGGCUAUCCUUCGGCAGGCUAUCGAAGCGGAGGAGAAAUCGGUCGGCGCCGAUAUGGCCCUCGAAGAGUUCGUCUUCCCGGAUGUCGUGAACUCGCUUGUGCAGUUCGGCCUGCUAGAUGAUACAUCGUGUCCGUACCCGAGUGACAAGGGCUUGGGAGAGCUGUUCCGCAUGUCGGCCUUGGCUCAUGCAGAUUGCGUCGCCGUCAAGGAUGCAACCCGUGUGGUAUCGUACAAGGAGCUGAACGCGUUAUCAGACCGUGUGGCAAGGCAUUUGCUAUCCCUCAGACUUGCUCCAGAGACCUUCGUAGGACUGCUAUGUGCACGCUCUGUGCACUAUAUCGCCGCGAUCAUCGGCAUCCUCAAGGCCGGGCUGGCCUAUCUCCCGCUUGAUCCUCAAUUGCCCCGCAACCGGCUGGUCACUCUCCUCAACGAUAUACCUCGCCACUCCGUCGUAUAUCACGACGCUAGCCUAGCCGAGCUCGAUACGACCGGAAUGGGCCACGACUUCGUCGACGUCCACGCUGCGUCUGUUGUCAAUAUCAAUGGUCGAAACCUGGCUUAUGCAAUGUACACAAGCGGCUCUACAGGUAAACCCAAAGCCGUCCUCAUCGAACAGAGGUCGAUUGCACGACUUGCGUACUCUCAGUCUGUUGUAGAACCUCGUCGGGGUCAGGUCUGGGCUCACAUAUCCAACACGGCCUUCGACUCCUCGACUUGGGAGAUAUGGGCGCCGUUGCUGAACGGCGGGACUGUGGUCUGCUUCGACAAGAUGAUCGUACUCGACUUCGAUCUUCUCAAAGAAGCUUUCAAGGUGCAUGGCGUAGAUGUUGCGUUCUUGACGACGGCAUUGGCGGCGAAGUGCCUGCACGAAACACCAUCGAUCAUCAAGAACCUUGAGAUCCUGGCUACUGGUGGCGAGACAUGCGACCCACACGAUUUGACCGCCAUGAGCGAGAUGAUACGGGGCUGUGUUGCCCACGUUUAUGGCCCGACGGAGAGCACAACGUAA